AUGGCUACCCAAGGCUACGUCCAGGCCUCUUUGAUCUGGGUUGCCUAUGCCGUCGCUGUCGUCUUAGCAUUUAUUGCAGCUUGCGUUACUACUUUUACAUGGCAGACACCUCGCGAUCGAUCCGCCGUUGUUAGUACCGUCGCCAUCAUCAGUCUUACCGCGCUCCUCGCGACUGUCUUACUCCUCCCUGUUGACAUUGCCCUUGUCUCCUCCACCACAUCCACCGCACUCGGCGUCAAGAAGGAUUGGGCCACUCCUGGCCGCAUCGGCAAUAUCCUUCUAACACUGAAAAUUGUUUACUACUCCCUGUACAGUUUCGAUGCCCUGCUAUGCCUGUUGGUUAUACCCUUCUCCUACUUUUGGUAUGAGGAGUACGAUGAGAUUGAGGAGCAGGAGGGCACGCAAACAUUUGGUAGCAGACUUUGGGGUGCCUUCAAGUACACUACUGCCUUUAUAAUCCUCGUCGUAAUCAUCUUCCUUGUUGGCUUUUUCGUGCCUGUGGCUGGUGCCCGCGGUGGUGGCAAUCACCUCGACCUCGACUUCUUCAAGCGCCUCCUCGAUGAAACCCAUGGCGAGAAGGCCCUGACCUUUGGCGUCGGUCUACUUGUUACACUAGGAACCCUACUCUAUAUUCUAUACACUGGAGCCGGUCUCGCUCUUCUCCCUGUCUCCUUUAUCAAAUCCGCUCCUGCCGUGUCCGCCCCCCAGCUCUCGGAAAAUACUGCGUCGCAACUAGAACAGAACCGGGAGCGUCAGAGACAACUCGAGCUGCGCAAUUCGGGGCGCGAGGAUGGAAUGCCAAACAAAGAUAGACGUGAAUUGGAUGCACUUUGCCGCGAAGAGCGUACUCUGGUACGACGUGAGCGGCUUGCUGCUGAAGCACAGGGCCAAGGCAAAGGGUUUAUCGUGAGGGCGUGGACCAAGAUUUGUGCCGUUUUCAGACCUUUGAAGCUCGUUGGAGGUGUUCUCUUAAUUCUUCUUACGCUGAUCAUAUGGGUAUCUAUGCUCAUCACAGGGAUCGACAAGGCUGCCAACUCGGUUUGCAAAGAGCACUGUGGCUACAUCCUCGCGCAUAUCAACGUAUUCCAGCCUAUGAACUGGGUCUUCGUGCAGACGGCCAAAGCUUUCCCGGUGGAUUACGUUUUGAUGGCUCUCCUCAUCUCCCUCUUUUUCAGCGCCUCCAUCUCCGGCAUUGCGACCAUGGGUAUCCGGUUCCUCUGGCUACGCAUAUUUCAAAUUCGCAAAGGCCGGACGGCUCCACAAGCCCUACUCAUGGCGACUGUCAUGCUAGCUCUUAUCAUGCUAGCAAUCAAUUACGCAGUCGCCAUGAUGGUGGCGCCCCAGUACGCGAGCUACGGCACCCAGACAUUUUGCGAUCUGCCGCCGCACCACCCAGACGAGAAGCCCGACUGCAGAAAGACCCCUGAGGCUAUCAAGCCAUGCUCCGAGUGGGUUAACUCACACUCUCGAUCUCUACAGGCAUGCACGCCUACUGUAAUGUCUACCUUCCUCAAUCGUAUCGCUCUCAACUGGCCCGUGUUCGGUGCUAUCGACUUUUGGGCACAGUUUGCGUUCCUAGGCGUUUUCCUUAUCGUCUUCUUAACCAGCCUGUUCCGUGCCCCGAAAACGAACCUCAGCGAGCUUGACGAAGAAGCCGAGGCAGAUGAGGAGGAGGGUCUGUUGGCAACCACGGGCCGCCGGUUUGGUGCGACGUGGCAGGAUAUUAGGGGGCAACCAGGACAUGGUGAUAAUGGUGUUGAUGUCCACCGAGAUGGAUCUGGCUCUAGCUCUCGUGCAUAG